GUAAGAUUACUAUAACAAAUACAAAUUAUAUCAUAGUUUUUAUUUUUUAUUUGGCAAACCUGACAGUCAUUGUUGUGUAAAUUAAAUUGUCUUCCUUUUUCAUAUUAUCUACGCACUCGCAUCAAUCGAUGUAUUCCUGUUAUUCACCUAAAAUUUUAACCGAUUAAUAUUUGUAAAAAUGACUCCAUCAAUUUCAAACAAUCAAGAUGAACCAGGAACGUCAAAUGAUUUUGAUUUAGAAAAAACAGCUGAAGAAGCUAAAACAUUACUUGAGAAGAUAAUUAGAGAUGUUGGACAGAAAUCUGCUGCAAGACAGCUUAUAUUUGGCUCAGCAUCUGGAUGGUUAACUGGGUUUGUCAUGAUGAAGUUAGGAAAAGCUGCUGCUUUUACUUUGGGUAGUGGCAUUAUAGCAUUGCAAGUUGCUAAUUCAACUGGAUAUAUUAAAAUCAAUUGGGAUAAACUAACUAGAGGUGUCGAAAAAAUCGCAGAAAAAGUAGAGGAUAGUACAGUGGAUAAAAAGAAAGGAUUAUUGAACAAAGUUGGUCGCUAUGUUGAUAAGAAACUUGACAAAGCUGAAGACAUUUUAAGGAAGAAAGAACAAAAAGCCAAACGUUGGUUUAAUCGUUUUUCUGGUGAUGAGGAUGAAUUUAUUUUUCAAGAAAUUCAUGUGUUUCUGGCAUCCUAUGUUGUUGGAUUAGCUUUAGGAAUGUCAUUUGGUAUUAUAGUUCGUUAAACAUAAACUCAAAAUAUAUUAACGCACUUUAUUAUUUGCAUAAACAUUUAAGAAAUUAAACCAUAUUUUACUAUGGUUGUAGUUUAUCUUUAAUUGAACACUCUUGUAAAAUUGCUGUAUUGUAAUUUAUUUUUGAUAUUACCUCUAUUAUUUAUUUUUCAAACUUAGUACUUAAUAAUUAUUAUACUAGUUAUUAAAAGGUAAAAAUAACUUUCAACAAAUCAAAAUAGAUACUUUUGGUAACUAUGUUUUCUCAUGUUAGUAUAAUUUAUUAUUAAUUAUCAAGUUAACAAAAUAAAUUCAAAAAUGCUAAUGUAAUUUAUUAUUAUUGUAUAAUAUAUUAAUUUAAUUUUAAAUAAAUCAAAUAAUUAAGUGAUUUCAAACUGAGCAAAUAAGUAUGAUACAAUUUGUAAAAAAUUAUUCAAUAUAUGUAUAUAUUUUAAAA